CAGAAACCAUAAAUAGUCCCUCCCGCCGUUUCCGCGUCAUCCUUCUGCACAUACGCCAUUUUAUCGCAGCGCGGUCUAACAGCUUGCCUUGAGGUCACAACCAUGAGUGGAUGCCGUGUGUUCAUUGGCCGCCUGAGCCCACACGCCCGGGAGAGAGACGUGGAGAAGUUCUUCAAGGGCUACGGACGCAUCCGAGAGAUCAACCUGAAAAACGGCUUCGGCUUUGUGGAGUUUGACGACUACAGGGAUGCAGAUGAUGCCGUGUACGAGCUCAACGGAAAGGAGCUCUGCAGCGAGAGGGUGACCAUUGAGCAUGCUCGGUCCCGACGUGGCAGAGGUGGUGGACCUGGAAUGGGGGGAGGACGCUUCUCUCCACGCUUCCGAGGCUACCGUCAGUCCCGCAGCGGAGGAUCCAGGUAUGGUCCUCCUGUCCGCACGGAGCACAGAAUCAUCGUGGAGAACCUGUCCUCCCGCAUCAGCUGGCAGGACCUGAAGGACCUGAUGCGGAAAGUUGGAGACGUGACGUUUGUGGACGCCCACAGAACCAAAAAGAACGAAGGGGUUGUCGAGUUUGCCAGUCACAGCGAUAUGAAGAACGCCAUUGAGAAGCUGGAUGGCACCGACUUGAACGGCCGCAAGCUGAAACUGUACGAGGACCGCGAGAGGAACCGCAGCCGAAGCCGAUCCCGCAGCUCCUCUCGAUCCCGAUCCCGCUCUCGCUCCAAAUCAGCCAGCCGGAGCCGCAGCCGCGAGAGCAAGCGAGAGAGUAAACGCUCCCGCAGCCGCUCGCGCUCCGCCAGCAGAACUCCGGAGAAGAAACCGUCGCCAGCGUCUCGCUCCAGAUCAGCGUCGCCAUCUCCCUCCGCUCAGAGGAAACCGUCCCGCUCUCGAUCCCGAUCCCGAUCUCGAUCCCGCUCUCGCUCCCGAUCCGCUGAGAGUCAGCACUGAGAGAGAGGACGUGUGUAUGAGCGCGCGAGUGGCUGAAUGUGUGUUGAAAGUUAAAAAUUACAAAAACAUGUAUAAGUUGAACAUGUUUAUGUAUCAUAAAAGGAAUAGUUUGGUCAAAGGAGCUGACAUUAAAGGAAUACGUUAACAUUUUCCAACCUAAUCUCUAUCGGCUGAAUUAACUGUUUCCUUAAACAGGGAGAGCUCUGACCCAGUUCUGACUUCUGAUAGAAGUCUGUGAGCAGAUACUGAAGCAUUUAUAGGAAAACAUGCUGAAAUUGUCUGAUCUGCAGAUUAGGUUGGAAAACACUGCAGUAUUCCUCUUAGUGAAUUGGCCUGGUUAGCAUUGUGCAAAUGCUGCGUUGCGCUAAUUGACACCUACUGCCUCCCGUUUGCAGCCGCGUCGGCAUGUUUGAUCGAGCUAUUCCUUCAUGUAUCAAGUAAACUUCCUUUCUUCCUCCUUUAACAUGCUUUAGUUUGACCUGUGCCUCAUUUGAUUGAAUGACUGCAGUAAUUCAUUGCAGUUUGUUUUAUUUCCGUCUUUGUGAAUCCCUCCCAGUGAUGUCCACUUUUUUUUGUUGUUUUUUUUGCUUCAGGUGUUUGUAGUAGUGAAGCACUUCAGUAAUAAACACAGGACUCUUGAUCGUCUGUGCAGAAUUGUGCACCGGACCACAGUCACAUUUUUCUAAAUUCUUUUUAACAAUAAAACACUGGGGCAGGUGCGAUUUCUGAGAAGUUUGUGUAUUUUGAUUUAUUACUUUGUAGAAGUCUUUAGUUUGAAGUUGACUUUUUGUGCCGUUUUGGAGUUCUCUUUUUUUUCUUUUGAGCUGUCCUGCAGGUUCUAUAAAUUAACUGUGAAUACUGAUUUAUAACAAAUAAACUAUAAAUCGACUUC